AUGGAAUGGUCAACGAUGAGCAACGUCCAAAACGAGAGAGAUUCGUUCAUGCCACCGCCACGGCUGGAGUCUAACUGGCUCCAUAGCUUCAACUAUGAUCUUUCUGCAGGUAAUUCGUAUACACAUGCUGCUGUUACGCAAACCGGGUCGGUUAUCACUGUACCGGAAUCAGAGAAGAUGAUCAAUACGUACCACUGUGAUUUGAGUAACAACAACGAGAUGAUAAAGAAGAAUAAGAGGCUAACGAGUGAACAAUUAGCUGCACUGGAAGUAAGUUUUCAAGAAGAUAUCAGAUUAGAUUCCGACAGGAAACUAAAGCUGUCGAGGGAGCUUGGUCUGCAGCCACGUCAGACAGCGGUUUGGUUCCAGAACCGCCGUGCGCGGUGGAAGGUGAAGCAUCUCGAGGAGUCAUACGACUCGCUUAGGCAAGAGUACGAUGCUGUUUGGAAAGAGAAUCAGAUGCUACACGAUGAGGUGAAGAAGCUGAGAGCUAUGAUACUAAGAGAUCAAGGUUUGAUGACGAACAUCAACCAAAUCGCUGAAGGAGGUCAAACUAACGGUAUUGGUGGAUACAAUAAUAGUCCGAUGAUUGUUGCUUCUUCUCGCUGGACACGGAUAUCGCAGCCGCCUAACCAGUGGUAG